AUGAACAGCUGGACCCCCGAGGCGUUGGCGGUGGGAAGAGUCAAAUAUUUCAACAAGCACUGUGGGGAGGUCAACUCCUCUGCCUUCUCUCCCAAUGGCCAGACGCUGCUCACAGCCUCAGAUGAUGGCUGUGUCUAUGGAUGGGAGACUCAGAGUGGAAAGCUGCUGUGGAGGCUGAGUGGCCACACAGGCCCCGUGAAGUUCUGCCACUUUCCCGAUGGUCACCUGUUCGCCAGUACAUCCAGUGACCAUGACCAUACCAUCCGCCUGUGGGAUGUGGCAAGAGCAAAAUGUCUGCAGGUCCUGAAGGGUCACCAACGAAGUGUGGAGACAGUCAGCUUCAGUCCUGACUCAAAGCAGAUGGCCUCGGGCGGCUGGGACAAGAGGGUCAUGCUUUGGGAAGUGCAGUCAGGACAGAUGCUGUGGCUCUUACUUGGGCAUCAUGACUCUGUCCAGAGCAGCGACUUCUCACCUAGUGCGGACUAUCUGGCCACUGGCUCCUGGGACUCGACCGUGCGCAUCUGGGACCUGCGAUCCAUGACAGGCAGCUCCUACCAUAAGCUGGAGGGCCACAUGGUUAACAUCAGCUGCUUGUGCUAUUCAUCAUCCAGCCUCUUGGCAUCUGGCUCUUGGGACAAGACCAUCUGCAUCUGGAAGCCCCAGACAACCAGCCUGCUUGUCCAGCUCAAAGGCCACCUCACCUGGGUGAAGAGCAUAGCCUUUUCCCCUGAUGAACUGUGGUUGGUCAGUGCUGGCUACAACCACCUGGUCAAAGUCUGGUGCUGCAACACAGGGAAGUGCAUCAAGACCUUAAAGGGAAUUCUGGAUGUGGCCCACACUUGUGCUUUCACCUCAGAUGGAAAGCUCUGUCUGGAGUUGCUUGCUGAUCAUAUCAUCCAGAGCCAGAUUCUGACCAGGUGA